AUGUUGCCGCUCCGAGACAGAAGACUUCUGCGAAAAUACUAUCAAAAAGCGUUCGAAAGCCUGCAGCAAAUCAACUGUCGAACUAUCGCUAAAGCAUAUGUCAAACUUGUCGAGCCCCGAAAGCAAGCCAAUUAUCCUUAUAACGGGCGAAAGCUUAUCGCUGGUAUCUCUCGACAGCUCGAUCCAGAGGUGACAAAGCCAGCCUGGUGGCCACAUGGUGUCAAACAUAGAGAGCCCGACCAUCUUCCCAAAGCGGAGAGAGUUCGAUUGCUUGUACACAUUCUCUGCGAGCUUCGCGAUUGCCGUGGCAUCACCGUCGCGAAGCUUAGAGAGGCCGAUCAGUCCAUCCGCCGUCUGAUUUCACCACCGGACUGUCUGGGGGUCCUGGACGAGAUCUAUCGCGUCCGAGAGGAAGAGGAGAGUUACCUGGACGACCAUCUCGACGAACAAGCGGUUGUGUAUAUCUCUCUAGCACACUUGCCGGAUGAGAUAGACCCGAAGGAUGCUGGUUCUCCCAUGGCAGAAGUGAUGAACGCAGACGUGAACCCGGUUUACAAGAGAGAGGGUUACGACAUGGAGUCCCACACAUCGGUCUUUCCGUCAACAGGAGCCUUUUUCACCAGUCAUAUUGAUACAACAAGCGGAAAGGGUGUUCCUGGGAUCAUGCACGCCAACCCGGAUUCCUGUGCCUCCGCAUCAUUACCGACUCUCAAGAUACCGAAAGAGGUCCACGAAGGGGAACAUCCGUUCUCUGCAAGCGUUCCAGCGGCUUAUACCUUUCACCAUGCUCCCCCACCUAUCCCGUUGAACUUUCACGCCUUUCCCCUGCGAUUUGAUCAUGAACCGAAUGUCAGUCAUGGGCAGCAAGAUCAGCAUGGGCCCGAUAUGGGCAUUGCGGGCCAUGGUAUGGAGAAUUGUCCAAACCCGUACUACUUUAACUUUUGA